GUGGGACUAUUCACCGGUGUACUGAAUCCAGCCUUAGUCGGUAGCCGUUUGAUUCUUUCACGCCUGCUUAGCUAUUAACAAGUCUUAGACAUUUUUUGCGGCUGAAAGAUCUGUGAUAUUUAUUAAUUAAAGGAGGGAAAAUGGUGCCCGAACCAAAUAUUCAACUUAUUCAAAUUUUGGAGAAAACCGUUUCGUCAGAAAAGAAUGAAUUGGAAGCAGCCCAAAAUUAUCUUGAACAAGCUGCAAGGGCAAAUCUGGUGGAAUUUAUCAGAGCCUUGUCUGAUAUUCUUGCCCAUGGAGCCAAUAGCCCUGUGGCCCGCAUGGCUGCUGGCUUACAGUUGAAAAAUUGCUUGACUUCAAAAGAUACAGAUGUCAAGCUAGAAUACCAGCAACGAUGGUUGUCAUUCCCACCAGAUUUAAGGGCUUAUGUAAAGAAGAACAUUUUGGCUGCCCUGGGAACAGAGACUAUCCGUCCCAGCUCUGCUGCACAGUGUGUUGCAUACAUGGCAGUUGCUGAACUACCAGUCAGUCAAUGGCCAGAACUUAUAUCUGUUCUUGUUGCGAAUGUCACUGCAGCCAACAGCACAGAAAUGGUUAGAGAGGCAACCUUGGAAACCAUUGGAUAUAUUUGUCAAGAUAUUGAUGCUGAAGUUUUAGCAACUCAGUCAAACGAGAUUCUUACCGCUAUUGUUCAUGGUAUGAAGCGCGAAGAACCAAGUAACCACGUCAGAUUAGCCGCAACAACUGCACUAUUAAACUCUUUGGAGUUCACAAAAGCCAACUUUGAUAAAGAAAGUGAACGCCACUUCAUUAUGCAAGUUGUAUGUGAAGCGACGCAGUCACCCGAUACCAAAGUGCGUGUUGCAGCUCUUCAAUGCCUGGUCAAAAUUAUGUCUCUCUAUUAUCAAUACAUGGAGCACUAUAUGGGGCCUGCACUUUUUGCUAUCACGCUAGAAGCAAUGAGAUCAGAGAUCGAUGAAAUUGCGCUUCAAGGCAUUGAAUUCUGGUCAAACGUAUGUGACGAGGAAGUGGAUUUGGCCAUUGAGGCUAGCGAAGCUGCUGAAAUGGGUCGUCCUCCCGAGCAUACCUCGAAAUUUUACGCCAAGGGCGCGCUCCAAUACUUGGUUCCGGUAUUGAUGCAAACCCUGACCAAACAAGAAGAGUAUGAUGACGAGGACGACUGGAAUCCUUGUAAGGCAGCUGGCGUAUGCCUCAUGUUGUUAGCUAACUGCUGUGAAGAUGUUAUUGUUCCUCACGUGCUUCCUUUCGUCAAGGAGAAUAUUGAGAAUCCUGAUUGGCGUUUCCGUGACGCUGCAGUGAUGGCUUUUGGCUCUAUUCUUGAGGGACCUGAUGCUGUUCAAUUAAAACCAAUUGUGGAACAAGCUAUGCCGUUCCUUUUCAAACUGAUGCAUGACACAAGUGUCAAUGUCCGCGACACCGCAGCGUGGACGAUAGGACGUGUGUGUGAAAUCAUCCCUGAUGCGGCAGUGGCGCCUCCCAAUUUGCAACCACUUCUUCAGGCCCUAGUUACCGGACUCACAGCAGAGCCUCGUGUAGCCUCAAAUGUGUGCUGGGCCUUCUCAAGCUUAGCUGAAGCUGCCUAUGAAACUGCAUCACAGGCUACUGACGGAAAUGAGCCGGACUCCUACUGCCUAUCUGAAUAUUUUGAGCCAAUUGUUCAGAAAUUGUUGGAAACCACCGAUAGACCAGACGCUGCCCAAGCUAAUCUUCGUGCCGCUGCCUAUGAAGCUUUAAUGGAAAUGGUCAAAAACUCUCCCAAGGAUUGUUAUCUGACCGUUCAAAAGACUACCAUGGUGAUCUUGGAGCGAUUGCAACAGGUUCUGAAUAUGGAAUCUCAUGUGUCAUCCCACUCGGAUCGAGUCCAAUACAACGAUCUCCAAUCUUUGCUUUGUGCUACGCUACAGAGCGUGCUUCGUAAAGUUACACCAGAAGAUGCUCCCAAAAUAUCUGAUCCGAUCAUGGCCGCAUUACUGCAAAUGUUCAAUUCGAGCGCUGGGCCAAAUCGUGCUGGUGGUGUACAGGAAGACGCUUUGAUGGCAGUGGCUACCUUAACAGAAGUCCUUGGUGAAGGUUUCAUCAAGUACAUGGAGGCUUUCCGUCCAUACCUUAUCAUGGGCUUGAGAAACCAUGCUGAAACUACCAUCUGUCAGGCGUCCGUCGGGCUGGUUGGCGACAUUUGCCGAGCUCUAGGGGCCAAGAUUCUGCCUUUUUGCGAUUCUAUUAUGUCCCUCCUUCUGGAAACACUUGGCAACAAUGAGGUCGAUCGGAAAGUGAAGCCUCAAAUUUUGGCAGUGUUUGGAGACAUGGCUUUGGCCAUCGGCCCAGAAUUCAAGAAAUACCUUGAGUUGGUUCUUGGCAUGUUGCACCAAGCAUCUCAAGCCCAAGUUAACAGAAAUGACUUCGACAUCAUGGACUACCUGAACGAGUUGCGAGAAUGCUGCCUAGAAGCUUACACAGGGAUAGUUCAAGGUCUGAAAGGAGAAGACAAAGAAACAGUUGGAACUGAUGUCCAGCUUUUACUUCCCCACGUCCCUCACAUGAUCAAUUUCAUCACGACAAUCGCUAGAGAUCGAGAAAAGUCGGACGGAACUAUCUCUGCCGCAGCUGGUCUUAUCGGCGAUCUUUGCUCGGCAUUUGGCCACCAGUUAUUGCCGUUCGUUGAUACUGAACCCAUCACAGAGAUGUUGACCAUUGGUCGACGAUCGAAGACAGGAAAAACUAAAACGCUGUCGAACUGGGCCACGAAGGAAAUCCGUCGUCUGAAGAGCUCCGUCACUGCUAGUUGAUUGGCCAAAUGAGUGGUACGCAUGCGCGUGAGGCAAAAGAGAACGUGAACAUUUUGGUCAUGAAGCGUGAGUGGUGGAUGAAAGUGAAUCGGACUUUACCUACUAGUAUCUCUUUUCAAAACUUGAAACUUAUUCCUCACUUCAUUACACCUACACGCAGUCUUCCAUCCUCUUUAUCUCUUCUGUCUUUCCUCUUUUUUUACGUAUACCAUCGCACCAACUAUUCCUCCUUGCCAGCACUUGUUUGCCCUUCCAUUUCAGUCUCAUCUCCUCCCACAUUCUCCGUUUAUUUUUUUGGUUGAACGCUGUACGAAUGUCCGAACGGAUGUAUGAGAGAGUGUGUGUAUGUAUGUGUACAAGUAACAUAUCCAUCAUGUAUGUCUGUAUGUGUGCGAAUGGGAAGUCGAUCAAUUGAUCUGUAUGGAAAGAUGUGAGAAAAUGAGACGUGAACUUGUAUGAUUGAAGUGGGGGGGGGGGGAGGAAAUCGAGUAAAUGAGUGAGCGAAAGGGAAUCUUGCACACAAGGGCGACCUAGUGUCAAACCAGUUCUAUCAACUUCUCUCUUCCCCCUCUCUAUCUAAUUAAGGUUUUCCACUUAAUCCAAGAAAAAGGGAAGGGCUUGCACAUUUAGCUAAACCAACGACUGAUAACGGGAAAAACGACUUUAUACUGACGUGAUUGUGUGCGGAAUGUAUGUAUUGGGUUUGUUGCAAGUAGUAAGAAUCUUAGAUGUCCCUGCCAGCCUCUGAAAAAAGAUAUUCACCGUCGUAAGGGAUAUUGUGCGUUUCUUGGUUCCAUUCCAAUUUAUAUUACCUAUCGGUAUCUUUAACUUGGCCAGCUUACGAGACAUGGUAAUAAGCGAAGAGUGAUUCCUUUUUUUAUUUUAACAGUUCCCCAACAAUUUAGAAUCUAAUCAUUAAUUUCAAACGCCCUUAAUUUGGUCGAGUCAUACGUGUUGUAAAUGAGAAUACCAAGUACCUUGAAGUAAAAGGCUCGCCCAAGGGCGAAUUGAUAGAAAUAGUGAACUAGAACUUGGUAACUAGAUUGGAAUAGGGGAAAAAAAUCUUUUUGCGAAUUGUAAUUUCGGUGAAUGAAGAAACUGAUGGGGAAUUUUGUAACGAAUCAAUGUGUGAAUGGAACUCUCCAGUGUAACUGAAACUGUGUAAAUGUGACGGACUUAUUACUUCUUAACGUGACUAAUAAAUGUGCGAAGUGCGAGCCCUUAAAAAAAGAAACAAAACAACAUACUUGACUCGCCUUCAUUACAGUAUUUAACGCGAUUUUACGAAGUACUAAUGUAAUGACGGAGAAUCAAAAAGAUCAGACAUUCCUUUCUGUCUUCAAAAUUUUUUAUUACUUCAUUACGUUUCGAUUCUAAAUCGAGAUCUUUCGAUGCACAUGGUUUGUAUCUUCCGUUUCAUGUUUUAUUUAAUUUUUUUUUAAUAACUACGCUCAAUUACUGGGAAACGUUGCCCAUACCUUCAGUGGAAAAGAUUGUGUCUACAUGCCAACUUUUCACUCUAAACUACUUGCUGGUUUUUGCUACAGUAAACGAUGUGAUUUGCAUCUUUGUCUUUAGUUAAUACAUUUCGUCGUGAUUUUUUAA